AUAAUUUGUUAGCGGCGUUGUUGCAUCUCCACUCUACCGGAGAAAGCAAGCCCAAGCAGUCGUCGUAGGUGCUGCUGAUUGGUCAAAAUAGAAAUCCAAUUGUUGAAAUUUGUUACUUGCAUUGCGUUUGCUGCAUCAGAAUCAAUGGCAGGCGUUUCUCUCAAGUGCGGUGACUGCGGUGCUCUGUUGAGAACCGUAGAAGAAGCGCAAGAGCACGCCGAACUCACUUCCCACUCCAACUUCUCCGAGUCCACCGAACCGGUUCUCAACCUCAUCUGCUCCGUUUGCUCCAAACCCUGCCGAUCCAAAACCGAGAGUGAUUUGCACACGAAAAGAACCGGCCACACCGAGUUCGUUGACAAGACUUCCGAGGCCGUCAAACCGAUUAGUUUGGAGGCUCCGAAGGUGGAUGCAACUGCUUCGUCGGAAAACCCUUCCGCUGCUGCAUCCACUGACAAAAAUGAAGAAAUGGUUGUUCCCGAAGUGGACAAGAAGCUGCUCAAGGAACUUGAAUCCAUGGGGUUUUCAACGGCACGGGCAACGCGGGCGCUUCAUUACUCUGGUAAUGCUGGCCUUGAGUCUGCUGUAAAUUGGAUAGUAGAGCACGAGAAUGAUCCUGACAUAGAUCAGAUGCCCUUGGUACCCGCCAACACCAAAAUUGAGGUUCCUAAACCUUUGCUUACCCCAGAAGAAAUGAAGGCCAAACAGCAGGAACUAAGGGAGAGAGCUCGUAAGAAGAAAGAAGAGGAAGAGAAGAGAAUGGAGAGAGAAAGAGAAAAGGAGAGAAUUCGCAUUGGCAAGGAGUUGCUGGAAGCAAAGCGGAUUGAAGAAGAGAAUGAGAGGAAACGGUUGUUGGCCUUGAAAAAAGUAGAGAAAGAGGAAGAGAAAAGGGCUAGGGAGAAAAUCAAGAAAAAGUUGGAAGAAGACAAGGCAGAAAGAAGGCGGAGACUUGGAUUGCCUCCAGAGGAACCCUCAGCAGCCAAACCUUCACCUGCGCCUGUUGUGGAGGAGAAAAAGAGUUUUGUGCCUGUUAGGCCUGCCACAAAAGCUGAGCAAAUGAGGGAGUGCCUCCGUUCUCUCAAGCAGAACCACAAGGAGGAUGACGCUAGAGUGAAGAGAGCAUUCCAAACUCUUCUAACUUAUGUAGGGAAUGUUGCCAGAAAUCCCGAUGAAGAAAAGUUCAGGAAGAUACGUCUUAGUAACCAAUCUUUUCAGGACAGAGUUGGUUCCUUGAAAGGGGGCAUUGAAUUUCUAGAAAUUUGUGGGUUUGAGAAGAUCGAUGGUGGUGAGUUUUUGUUUUUGCCUAGGGACAAAGUUGAAAUGGCGGUCCUGAAUUCAGCUGGAUCUGAACUAGACUCUGCAAUAAAGAAUCCAUUUUUUGGAGUUCUUUAGAUGAGGCAACUGUUAUAAUAAGAGGCUCGAUAAUUGUAGUUUCUUGGUUCGAAGUCUGAGUGCUUCCCUUUGUUUAUUAAAAAAAUACUCUUAUUUAUUUACCUUAAUUUAUGCUCGAAGGUAUCUGUAGAGAGAUUUGUUACUUGGCUAUCAUAAGUUUAUGAGUUUUAUACAAAUUUAUUUCAGAACUUCAUCUUA